AUGGAUUUCGUCGCCUUCGAGACCUUUUCCGAGGCCGAUGCGCUCCCCUCGCCGCAGCCGGCGCUCUCGCUACCGCUCAAAUCCAACAUCGAAAACUUGGGCUCCAAACUCGCCCAUUUCAACCAGUUCAAAAGUCUUCUUGGCCACACGCCAGAAACGGCCACGGCCGCCGAAGAAGCGCCCACCAAGCUCGCCGAGAAGUACGCGUCGCUCUCGCUCCGCCAGCUCGAGUCGCCUGCUGCAGAUCUGGCUGCUCUGCCUGCGCCCGAAACGGAAAACGUCCGAACAUCAGCGCUUUCAAAACGGUUGGCCCGGGCGUUGAACCCGCCCAUGUCGGAUUCGCUCACGGCCAGCGUGUUUUCCCGCUUGGAGCGCCACCUCGACAAUCUUGCUCUCAUGGUUGAUCCGGGCGUUGGCGGGUCCAUGGCCCGGAAAAACUUGCGCGGCGAGAUCGAGGCGGAUUUGCUCAAAAGCCAGGCCGCUGUGCUUGCAGACUACGCCCGGCCCAUGCGGGGGCUCCGCAGCUUGGGCGACCAGGUGGCGGCGAUGCAGCAGACCGUGGAGGAGACAGGCCAGUUGCUUGGCUCGGAUGACGGCGACAGCGCCCGUAUUUCGGCGCAGGUGGCCGCUCUCACGCGAGAAAACCAGCUCCUUGGUGUCAAGAAGGCGCUCUUGGCCAGCUUCCGCCGCCAGUUCACGCUCAACGAGUACGAGGAGUAUGUUCUCUCGGCCAACGACAUCAACGAUGACUUUUUCGCCGCUUUGGCUCGGGCCGAAGCAAUCAGCGAAAGGUGCCUGCUUCUUCUUGCACUCGACAACCCGCAGCUUGGGCUCCAGGUGAUGGCGAAAAACAACGAGCUCAUUGACAGAGCGCUUGGCAAGAUCACCGCCUUCUGUAAGAGAACGUUGUCGAACAUGUUUCUGCUCGGGAACAGAGCCCGCGUGGACUCUUUGCAUUUGUGUUUCCGCUACUUGAUGAAGCGCCCGAAGCAGUUGGACGAGGUUGUGGACGUGUUUGUGGAGUCUCGGUCUCAGGCUUUGAUCCAAGAUUUCAACUUGCAAGCAGGCGAGGGCGAUUCGGGCUCGUCUCUUCCCGCCGACGCCCGGCCGGUUUUCUACUCGCAGCACGACUCGGCCAAAUACGUGGCUGACUUGCUAGCGUACGUGCAUUCUGUGGUGGUGAACGAGACAGACACUGUCAACAAUGUUUUCGAGAACCGCGCCGAGUUUUCUUCCACCAUCGAAAACAUCAUGCCGAAAAUUCUCUCCGCGUUGGUCAAGCCUGUCCGGGCGCAGAUAGAGAAGGUGAUCUCGGCAGAAACAAAACUAGCAAUGCUCUAUCAGAUCUACAGCCACUUGGACUUGUACCUCCUCAUGUAUAAAAAGUUGGAGCAUGCCGAUUCCAUCUGCAAUGUUGUGCGAGAAACCAUCCGCUUGGCGCAGUCGAAGCUUGUCAUGACCAUAAACAACCGGUUGAUGACAGUGAAAAACUCCAACCAGGCCCAGAUGGACUUGUCGCCGGACUUGCAGCCGCCUGAGUGGAUUGUGGAUUUUUAUUCCGACGUGUUGCCCAUGAUCGAUGCAGAAAACGGCACCACAAUCUUCGGCUUGUCGCAAGAGGAACACAACAAGUUCCUCGAUUUGAUUGUCAACGAGCCCAUUGGCAUUUUCAACGAGCACCUUGCGCUGGCAGCGAAGGAGCUUACGAAAAGAGACGUUUUGAUUUUCCGCCUCAACUUCUUGGACUUGGUGCUUACCAAAAUCAUGCCUCUCGCCCUUCUCAACGACAAGGUUUUGGAAGUUAACCAUAGCAUCUCGGACUACAGCAAUGAUCUUCAAGAGCUUCAGCUCCAAACGCUCUUGAGGGACUGUAAUCUCACUGACUUUUACAAUAUUGUUGGCAUGAUCUGUCCUAUGGACGACGAAUUAUUCGAGCCGUCAAUAUAUCAGUCCAUCACGGAAAACAAAUUGUUUACUUCCGAAACUGUGUCUUCCACCAACACAGUGAUCCAGCAGGCUCUUCCAUCGGCGCUUAUUGAUGUUCAGCUGUCACUUAUGAAACUUAACAGUCCUAUGCUCGUCAAUGAGAUCAUUACUUCGUCAUCUCUCAAAUUCGCCAAGUUCUACAAAUUAUUUUCGGCCAUUGUGGUUGAAUUUUUAGGCGAGCCGUUAUUGACAUGGACCACAGCAGAGGUAGCCACGUUGCUUGGUGUCGAGGUUCCAGAAACGAAUGUUUAG